CCCGAAUCGCUGACUGGCAGGUUCACAUAGUUGCCGUGCGUCUCUCUCUCCCCAUACAGUAUUUCCCUUCACAGCCCCGCUGUUUAGAUCGCCAUGAGUCCGCUGCCGCGUGCCAUGCCAUGCCGUACCGCGCACAAAUUGAUGGAUGGAUGCGCCAGUGGGUGGGCACCGACCCAGCAUCCUGCUGAGUCAGCACCGACCCAGCAUAAAGAAUGAACUUGUGGUGUGGCUCGCACAGAUUGAUGGAGUCAGCACAGCCUCUGCUGAGUAUCGGAUGUCCGUCCUCUAGCCUUCGCCUACCUCGUCCUGCUGCCUUUAUCUCCAUGGCAUUCGCAGACAGAGUAUGUGAAUAAGGGUUAUGCAAAGACCAUCGACAUACGGAUCUGUAGUACGGAUUUAAAGCCCGCUUAGAGUGCUCGCACGUCAGCGCGAUUCGAUCACGUACCAUUCGGUUCGCCCACAAUCCCGUCGUCUUCGUUAGGCUCAAACUACAUUGUUAAAGUAAAAUUCAAGAAGUCUUACCACCAAUUCCCAAUCGUGUUUUUUACUGAGGGUGUGCGGGGCACGUGACCAUGUCGCCAGGACGCCGAGCCGUUAGAGGCAACUCAGAAGUGAGCAUCCCGAGGCGCACUUUAUUCUGCUCAGCAUUCCCUGUAGCUAUGCUAACUCUGUUUAUUCUCUUCUCGAGCCUUACACUCGUUUCGGCCAGCUCCGAUCCGUUUGAAGUUUACACAGUACCUGUUUCGGAAGUUGGCGGCAUCCCUGAUAUAAGCAGCUCUUCCGUGUAUAACGUCGCUCGACGCGAAAAUCUUGAGGUUGUGAACACGUCGUCAAUCUUCAAUUUCUGCUGGCGCGACACGUACACGCGGAAAUCCCGAGGCAAGAAGGGGUUAUCGAAAUGCGCGAUGAACCAGCAGAACGUUAUGGGCAAUUGCAUGCCCAAGUGCAAGGCGGGAUACCGGCCUGCCGGUUCGCUAUGCGUACAUGAUUGUAGCGCGUACGGCGGGAAGUGGACGAAUUGCGGCAUGGGCUGUGCGCCGAGCAAGGAGGAGUGCGCGAAAAACGUUUAUAAUCAGCUGACGACGACGGCGGUGUGGAUCGCCAACGUCGUCAUCCCGGGCUCUGCGAUCUUUUCUAGUCGCAUGAGCGCGAUCGGUGCUCCUGUCGCAAUGGUGGGAGAAUACUACCAGGAGCUACGGCGGAGUCAAGGGUAUUGCGCGCAUGACGCGCGGACCCGACGCGGUGAUUGCGCGCAAGACGAUGGAGAAGCGCGCGCUGGUCGCAAUGGUGACUGCGGCGCAUGCGCGGAAGCUCGACAAGAAGGGGGGAGUCGUCGGAAUCUUCUCCCCCAGGACCCAGAACAAGCCCGCCAAGUACCAGCAGUUCAGGCAGCAGAACAAGGUGCCCACUCAGAUGGCGACACGUGUCGCUGAUGUCAUCAUCAGAGCGCUAAGGAAGGAGAAGGCAGCCGUCAACAUCGAGGACCUGGCUAAAUACGAUCCGUCAGGGACGCUUCCUAUGCUGGUGGCAUACGGCCAUCCCCUGUGCAGCAAGAACGAGUGUGCAAAGUGCAACGUCACGUCCAACCCUUGCAUCGCCGGUUACACCUGUAACAGCGGCAAGUGCGGUAACCCUAUCCUCGAACCCGACGGCACCAGCUGUGUCGAGUCCGACUACCAAGGCAACACUUUUCCAGGCUUCUGCCAAUCCGGCACCUGCCAAAUCUCAGCCGUCCAAUCCUACUAUGGCGCCGCCCAAAAAAACUCCAUGUGGCUGCCCGAGGGCGUCAGCCUGCCCGCACUGCCCGAGCUGAAAAUUUCAGUCAGCCCGGGACUCGCUGGGACGAAUGGCAGCGCGGCAGGAUUCAUGGGCAGGAGUCUAGGGUUCUGGCACCGGUUGUCCCGGCAAUCCCGAAGCUGCACAUUUAAUAAUGGUGGAUGCGGGGUGUUUGCGUGUCGUGUUGACUACAGGAAGAAGAGGACAGCGUGUGUGAACCCCAAGAAAUUUGGCUUUGCAGCAGCGCCUAUGGGUGUUGAUUUCCCCCACGGAUCAACCAUCAAAUACUCCUUCCCUACAGCACCAGCGAAGUGCAUCCAAAAAUGCAAAAAGAUUCAGGCUUGUACACUUGCGGUUACCACAGUAGGCCGAGAAUGCUGGCUGAAAUCUUCAGUAGGGAAUGCUACUGCCAGCAUCAUCUCAUUCCAAAGUUACAAGAAAUUGUAGAGAUGUCAUGAGUGGUGCAAUAUGUAUUGUGUGUAAGGAAAAUCCCUUUCCCUUAUCGAGCAUCACUAACAUCGAGUACAGCACUCACUUUCGGAAGCCCAGGCUAGACCGGACAAUUCAGGUUCGAACUACGGUACGUUCGAGACCCCAAGCCUACACGCGGCGUCACGUCCGACACUUCCAAGUCCCGAGGCGCCCCGAACCACCUCGCGUGUGUUUCGUGGCCUUCCUCGAGGCUCUCUUGCUAGGCUAGAUGUGCUUGUAUUUAGCCC